GUUUUAUUUCAGAGUAGCUAGAUAGCUAACUGUAUGAAUUUGAAUACUUAUCCUCAAAUUGGCACGAGUUUCUUCAAUGUGUGACUAAGGUCGUUUCUACCAUCUUGCCAGCUAACCUAGCCAACUAACGUUUAAUAUGGUAGCACUUGCUGCUGGUUAGUUUAGUGUUAUCAGAUACCUAAUCUUUUCAAGGUGGCUAGCUAAUUUAGUGGUAGAACUCUUAGCUAGCUAACAGUUAUCUACUUUGAUUUUAGUUAUGAGAGUUAGGGCUAGUCAUGAAGUUAAGCCCUGCUAUGUAUAGCUAGCUAAUUAGUUGACUCAGUUUGUCUAUGAUUUAGCUAACUAGCUGGUUUACGUUAAUGUCUAAUAAUCUAGGUCGUUUACUCGUGUGAGCCAUUUUGGUAAUCUAGCUGGACUAUGGGUACAUAUCUCUGGAAUGUCCUACAUUCUGGCUUUAAACUCGGGCUUUCUGGAAAGUUGGAACUGGCUAUCUUAGAUUCUUCAACAGCAGAAAUCUAAACCCCUAAGUUAAAACAAAGCAUUAUGUUGUUAAUGUCGUUAGUUAAGUUUUUACUAUUUUUAUAUACAAAACUGUCAUUUAUGACUUGGUUCCCAGAGAUAAUAGCUAGCUGAUAUUCGCGUGAUGUAGUCUGCAGUAUAGAUAGUUAGUGUCAGAUUCACUGAAGGUAGUCAGGAUGACCAAACCUUGAAUUAUGUGUGGAAUUUAGGUUGUAUUCAUUUAAUUGUUCCGCUGUAAAUAAUUAGAAUAUUGCUGUCAUGAACAUCUUUAAAUUGUUUGUUUUUAUAAGAUGGCGCGUUCUCAGACGGUUGUAAUGGCACUCCGAGUUUGAUAAUCACUGUGGUGUUGAUGGAUUUUGAUCAAAGCCCGAAACUACCAAAGCUUAUCAGUGUAUGGGGACUGCCUUCUCUCCCCCCUGCCCACGGUCCACUCCCAGGUCACAGUCCCUCAUGGGCGGCUGGUCAAAGGGUGCAGUACUGCAGCUGUACCGAGCCCUGCUCCGGGCGGGGCGCCACCUGCAGUACACCGACCGCAACUACUACCGACGUGCGGUGACCAAGGAGUUCCGCCGCUGCCAGGCCCUGGACGCGCCGCGGGCGAAGGAGGACGCGCUAAAGAGGGGCCAGUACUUCCUCAACAGCCGCCUGGGGGGGCUGGUCUAGGACCGCCGUCAGGGAACAUUCUGGAGUCUUCGUUAUACCUCACAGAUUUAACCUCCGGGCGUAUUUAUUUAUUUUUUUGUUUUUGUUUUUCUUGAUGCCGUAGUUUAAACUUAUCCUUUGAGCCAUCUGAAUCCAGUUUUUGGAAAACCUCAGUAUUAUAUUUUUGAUUUUUGAUUAAAAAAAAAAAAAAAAAAAAAAAAAAAAAAUUUCUCCUGGUAUUUAAAUCUUACAUUUUGCGGAAUGAACCUCACGGGCCGUGUCUUUUGCAAGAACUGAGAGGAUGGCGGGUGUUGGCGGCGGCGGGAAGGGAAAGAGGGAUGAAAGCGGGAUCGGCACCGCCAUCGACUUUGUGCUUUCUAAUGCCAAGGUGGUGCUGGGGGUCGGAGGAGCAGCCAUGCUAGGCAUCGCCACACUGGCAGUCAAAAGAAUGUACGACCGUGCCUUAAGUGCCCCCACCAGCCCAACCAAAGUGGAGCAGCCUGGGCAGAGGAGCUGGGAGGAGCCGAGCUGGCUGGGGUCCUCUCCCCGCUUACUGAGCGCUGACAUGAAGGCCACAGUGAGCCAGUCUCUGCAGUCCCUGCCCACUUCCUCCGGCGCCUCAGAACCAGGCUGCAUGCGGCGAGCAAAGGGGCGUGGCGUGGUUGCGCAGGAGGAGCUGCGUCGCGCGCGGAAGCGCCUCUCCCUGCAGGAGCAGCUGUGGGCGUUUUUCCGCCAGCGAGUGUGCAUCCCGGGGGAGGAGCAGGCCAGCGCCCGCCGGGCCGCCCUGGACAUCUGCGCCGAGCUCCGGGUCUUCCUGCAUGCCAAGCUGCCCGACAUGCCCCUGAGGGAGAUGUACCUGAGCGGGAGUCUCUACGACGACCUGCAGGUGGUGACGGCUGACCACGCCCAGCUGAUGGUGCCGCUGGUCCUGGAGAAGAACCUGUGGUCUCCGGUGCCCGGGGAGGACACCAUCAUGAAGGCCCCGGGGUUCUGGCUGGUGCGCCGGGAGAACCUGGAGUACUUCCCCCGGGGGAGCAGCUACUGGGACCGCUGCGUGGUGGGGGGGUACCUGUCCGCGAAGGCCGUGCUGGAGCUGUUUGAGAAGCUGGUGGCCGGCUCCAUGAACUGGCCGGCCAUCGGGAGCGUGCUGGACUACGUGAUCCGGCCGGUGGUGCCCUCGCAGUCGCUCACCCUGGAGGUGCAGUACGAGGCCGACCGCCGGCUGUACGUGGACUUCCUCCCGCUGCUCGCCCUGGAGGACGGCGUCUCGCUGGUGGCCAAGCCCCACCGCUGGGCCGAGCGCCACGAGAGCCUGUGGCGGCAGAGCGUGCGCGCGGAGCAGACGGCGCGGCUGCGGGCGCUGGACCAGGGCGACGGCGGCUGCCGCUGCCUGUGCCUGAGGGUGGCCAAGGCCGUGUGCAAGCUGGACCCCGCCCUCGCGCGCCUGUCCUCCGGCCAGCUGACCAGCGCCCUGCUGCUGCUCAGCGAGAGCCAGGGGGACUGGGCCCAGGAGGCGCUGGCCGACCGCUUCCUGCAGCUGCUGCGCGCCCUGGUGGGACACCUAGAGGCCGGGAGGCUACCUUGCGCCCUCUACCCCAAAAUCGACCUGUUCUGUGAGCUCACCCCUGAGGAGGUAGACGAGCUGGGAUACACCCUCUACUGCGCUCUGUCUAAUCCCGAGGGCCUCCUGAGGAUUGCCUGAUCCAGUUCCUCAUCUCGGCGUGCUCAGGGACCAAUAGGAAGAGAUGUUGACAGGCUAGCUCCUCCCAUUUCUGUGAGUCAUGACCCUCUCAGACAGGCUAGCUCCUCCCACUUCAGUGAUAUGAAUGUCAUCUCAUGCCAUUGUGCUCAGCUCAGUGCCUUUUUCUCAAUUUUUGAACUCCAUUCCCCUGUGGUUUUUCUGUAAUGCAGGACAAGUGUAGUAAGGAUAUUGCUGAAUUUCCACGCCAUAUCCCACCUAAAAAUCAGCUGCAUCCAAAAUCGGGUAACCCUGAAGCAUUUUAAACUGUGCACACUAAAAGAACCUUGUUAAGAGUAUUGGCUUUUGGUAUCACAUAAUCACACGAUUCUGCUAUCUGCCAAGAGGCAAGAAACAUCUUGGUGGUUCUUCUCUUCCACCCCAUACACGUGUGUAUGCAUAGCUAAGUUUGAAGAGCUUAUUCAUUAACUUCUGUGUAUGCUCUGAUACUGCAUACCAAAAUAAAUUCUCUUAUUGAAUUCUGUUAUUAGGGACAAAAUAAAAUUGUUGGCAUUGAGAAGAAUAAAAAUAUGUGAUUAAAAGUAUUGAUAAAGCAGAGAGAACAGCAAGCUGUGUAACAGUCGGGCAUGAGAAAGAAUGGUUCAUGCUUAUGUCCAGUCGUAAUGAAUGAUUUGACUGUUUGGUAGUGCUUUAGAAAAUGUGUAAAUAAGAAUCCUACUGGAUAUGUUGUAUGUACGUGCUCUGAGUGUGUUAAAUUGUGAUAGUACUGUUUGUACAGUUGGAUUGCGUAUCACUGCUGGUUUCUGCUGAAAGGAAAAUCUGAUUUACAGCAGAGACGACCUUGGCGUAAAACAAAAAUAUCUGUGAAUAAAUAUAGGCCUUUCCCAUGUUACGUAAAGAACUGAGUCAUGUCCACAGAGCUUUGUAUCUCACUUGGUUCCAAAAUUUAGACAGCAGUGGCGGUCGUGUAGACUAAUCCACGUGUACUUGGCUAUGUCGUACUGAGUGUUUAGCUUUUCGUGGCAAAGUGAAAACGGAUUUUCACUCGGUUCUUGGUGCUCUGGCGUGCAUUUUCUCUUAUGUUAUGGGCAGCCACAUUCCGAAAAACCCCACCUCGGGCAUGUCCUCUGACUGUCACGGUCUCUUAGGCACUAGAGCAGAUGGGUGUAUGUAAUGGUUCCAGUGCAGUGCUCAUGUGGAGUUCUGUAUCGGCAUCCAACACUGGUGUGUGAUGAGCUAAGGAAUAGCUAUGGGGUCACAUCUGUUGUGCUGUAUGAGCUGGUCUUUUGUCGCUAAUUCAUGCCAUAUGUUUUUAAUUUUGAGUUACACACACUUGGCCCUACUCUCCUUGCCAAGUCUACCUUUUAAGUUGUACACUGUAAGGAAGAAUGAUUGCUCUGCUUGUUAACUUGAAGCGUUUGUAAGAGUUAGUUGCAUUAUGAAGUGGUAACUGGGCAACACCCUUCUGACUCGUACAGAAGGUAGGGUUCAGUCAUUUCAUUUUUUCAAAAAGGGAACAUCCAAAGUUUCUCGUAAAUGUUGUAAUGUUCUAAAUCUGGGGAAGAGAGUUCUUCACAUAUGGGCCUAUGCUUCACCGGUGGGUGGAGCAAGGUUUUGGGCAAUGCCAUGGUUUUCAUGAAGAUCUGCAUAUUUGUGUGUAAACACUAAAUAUUUUUGUACCAUAUAACUCAAAGAAGUAUCAGAGAAUAUUUAUGUUUGAUAUACAGCCACACACACCAGGCAUACCCUUGUUCAAAUAAAGAAUACCUCCUUACAGGUGA